AUGAGGAAGCACAACAGUCUGCAAGUGGAUGCCAAGGAUAUAGCCCGGAAGUUCGCGGAGUGCGCCUUAGACCUUCUCGACGCCGAACGAGGCGUGUUUACAGCUGAGUGCUCUCUCUGCGAGAUCAUUGAUCAGCUCGUCUCCGGUUUCAUCGAGAACGACACUCAGCGUCCCCUCCUCGAUGGCGGACGCUGCACGGUGUUUUACAACAAGCUUCUCUGCUGGAAGCUGUCUCUGCCGGAUCAUCUCACGACGAGCAACAGCGUACUCCCGUCGAUACUAUUAUUGCAUCUAGACUUUGACGGCCACGACCCCGUCUCCCUGCAAAUCCUCCAUGCGAGCUCCAUGAUCUCGAACUUGUGGAUCUAUCGCGGCCUCUACACCCUGAAACACGAGUACUGGGCUGCGGAGCAAUGCUCGUUUGCCGUCCAUGUUCUGUUACCGCAUAUGACGGACCCCGCCGUACACGACACGGUCGCGAAGGCGUGCUGCGUGCUCCACGAGAUGGGCAUCCGGAGUUGUGUAUCGGGCCGUGCGGCGGAACUCCUCUGGGACAUUGAGGGGACGGCGAGGGCCAGGGGCAUUCGUGUUCCCCCGUAUGGAAAGGGCUCAAGGGUGCCGGAAAUGGGCGCCAUGCCCACGUCUGUUGUGAAAGGAGUCCGUGUUUUUGACGGUUCGAAUGGUGAUUACUUUGGUGGCGCGGACGGGAACAGCUGUGUUGUCAGCUUUGACAGCAUCAUUGGCGAUAUUCAAUUAGUGCAGCCUCGUUGA